GUUUGCUCUAGGGGCGCCUCGGCAUCCCCAUGAACGCAUUCUGCGAUGCAGCGGUCAGGAAGCGGGCGAUUAGCAGCAGGUCCAUCCGGCACCAAGGCAAAAUUCAGGACUCGCCAGCAGUCCACACACAGCGACCUGGAAGAUCAGACUGGCGGAGCUUCCAGAUUCCAAAUCGCGCUGGACUUUGUCAUCACAGGCGACUUCAGCGGGUUGUACCGCAGCGUCAAACACGGCAUCAUCGAUGCAGUUGUACGAUUUCGCGAGCGACGGGACAAUUUUCUGAAAUGGCUACACGCGCAGCGGAAGGAGCAGGAGCAGCGAGCAAUGGACAUGACCCUGGAGCAUCCCUACCCGAAGAUACGGUACAUCGUUAACAGCAACCAAUUUGAGAUCGUUGGGAACUUUGUCAUUUUCUGCAAUACCUUUGUGGUGGGCUGGCAGGCUGAAAAGACACCACGGAACACAACUGAUCAAGACAAGUUGCUAUCUGUCAUCUUCGAGAACUUCUUUACAUUUGCCUUUGUUGUGGAGCUGACCUUGUCCACAAUGUGCUGGGGAUGGACUUCACUGGUGAAAAGAGAGAAUUGGAUGGAUGUGUUCCUGGUCUUCCUGGGGGUCCUCACAACUUGGAUUCUGGGUCCUUUCGGCAUUGAGGUGGAAUUUCUGCGCAAGCUUACUGCUUUGAGGACCAUGCGCCUCAUUCGUCUGGCCAGAGCUGUCAGGCUACGGCCAGAAUUCAAGGAGAUGUGGGCUUUGAUGAAGGGCCUGACAGAAAGUGGCGAGACCUUGUUCUGGACGUAUGUGAUGAUUGCGUGCGUGCUUUACUUCUUCGCGAUCAUUGCUACCUCCUUGAUUGGAAAAGCAGAAGCUUUCGCUGACUCGGAGCUUGCACAGGAGUUCUUUGGUGACGUGCUACGGUCCAUGCUGACACUCUUCCAGCUCAUGACGCUGGACUCGUGGACGGGCUUUGCCCGGCCAUUGAUGGAGAUUCAAGUUUGGACCGGCGCGUUUUUCAUUUUCUUCAUCUCUGUUGCUGUGUUUGUCAUGCUGAACCUUGUGACGGCCGUGAUUGUUGAGAACGCUUUCUCUGACUCCAAGAGUGAAGAGAAAGAGCUGGCAGUCCGUCUUGAGAGAGAGAAGGAAGAGGAGUUGGAGGAUUUGAAGCAGUUCUUCCUGCAAAUCGACUUGGAUGGAAGCGGAUCGCUGACAAAGCAAGAGUUCUUCAAGGCAACCAAGCAGCGAAAGAUUCGGCAAAAGCUGAGAGCGCUGGAUAUCAUGCCCAAGGACAUAGACGAGUUGUGGGACAUUUUAGAUGAAGGCAAAGGCGAGCUUGCAGUCGAGGAUUUUCAAAAUGGCAUUAGACGACUGCGAGGUGAAGCCAAAGCCAAGGAUAUCCUGCGCCUGUACAAGGAGGUUCGUCAGUUUGAAACAUCCGUUGAAGAGGUUGAGGGACACAUAGAGAGCAGCAAGAGGCGGCUUCGAAACAUUCAGGAGCAACUGUCUCGGUGCCGGACCGACGUGGCUGCCUUCACCCGAACACUUGUUCGAGCGAAAGAGGCUGUGAAGAUGGCGGCGCAAACGCAGAAUAUGAGUUCGUAAUUGUUGGAAUGACUAGGCUGAGGGGGCUAUAUUCAUGCACGCUGCAUGGUCUCCCAGGCUUUGCAGAAACAUUGACCAAGUCAAUGUUCAGUAAGUCUGGAGUUUCACAUCGAUAAAAGUAUUUCUUUUGGUUGC